CCGAUCACCGCCCCCUGGACGCGUCGGACACCACGUCACUCUCCUUGGAGGUGGGAUGCUUGGCCUUGGCGAGAGUCUGCGUGUCCUCGACGAAGCUGUGAGGGCACGUGGACUUGUUGUUGGUGACAUGGGCUUCGUGUCCCGCCGCCAUCUCUUCCACAUUUGAGGCUGCGGCAUUGCAGAACAAGAUGGCCGCCAGGAUGGCAAUAGGCGCCAUGGGAGCAGCUGGGGCGUAUUCAGGAC